AAAACAAUGCACCGGUGUUGCCAGACCUAAAAUAAUAUUAUUGUUUAAAAGCAAAAAACACCUUUGGUCCUUAAAAUCGCUAGAAAAGGGCAAAAAAGGGCGCAAAAGCCUCCGUAUCGUGUAUAAAUAUGUCGUGAACGGUGAUUUCGUGUGUCAACAGCAACGCAAACCUUAAAUGUGAUAGAAAUUCCAAAACAAACCAAAUUUUCCAGUUCAAUAUGUUCCACAAAGCGGACAACCCUAAAUGUAGUUUCCUAGAGCAAACUAAAGCUGCCAGAGAGGAGCGAGCUUUCGAAAAGAAGAAGGAAAAUGCUGCGACUUUGAUCCAAGCAAGUGUGAGGGGGUGGCUCACCCGAGUCACAUUCUCACGCGAUAUUUUACGAGAGUUUGAUGACACAAUACCGGAAGUCCCCGAAGAUGGGGCUAAACCGAGCUUCAAAGCUGCUGUUCAAGUUUACAACCAGUCGUGUAGAUUGCUGCUUAUUUGGCGCAAGGAGCGGGAUAAAGACAGGUUUGAGAAGCUAUGUCGAUAUUUAGUUGCUACUCUUGAGUGUGAAUCCCCCAAGUUGAGUUACGUGGGGGUGGCACUUAGUAAAGAACAUGUGAUAAGAUGGAUCUCUCAUAUGAACGAUAUUCUAUGGAAGUGCUGUGAAUACUUAAAUGACUUGAAACCUGAGUUUGCUGGUGAUAUGAAAUCAAUUGUUUUGUAUUUGCACGUGUUAGUUUCUUUCACUAGCACUAGUAACUGGAUUGUGUUGAAAAAUAAGAAUAUGGAAGUUUUAAAGUCGGGGAUGAACCAGUUGUGUGCUAAUUUAAUGGGGCAAUUGUUCCACAAAGGGUUCUAUUUAGUACUGAAGAGUCUCUUAUUGAGAGGUUUGGGGAGAAUAAAAAUUGCCUUCAAACAUGCCACUUUAUCUGCAAUUUUAACCCUGGCUUUGAGACCUUUAAUCGCUGCCAAUUUCUCUGAUAAGCUUAUGACAAUGUUUCUUAUUCAUAUUUUAUCAGUUCCUGCGCUGAUUCAACAUUUAGAUAACUUAACACCAGAGUGCAUAUCUACAAUAAACAACCACAAAUUGUUUUCAAAAAGUCUCGAACUGUUAUCAAGCCAACAAUCAAUGCGCAUCGUCUUCAACACUCUUGAAGGGAGCUACGCCCUCUGCCUCCUCGCAAACCUCCUCCAGUUGGCUUACAUGGAACGAGACUCCGCUUUGAAAGACUUAAGUUUCCCGACUUUUACAGUCGUGGUGACGGGUUUACUCGAAAGUUGCCAAAACUACGUAGUUAACAAACAAUCUAACCUCACCCAUUGGCACCCAGUGCUGGGCUGGUUCGCCCAACCCAUGGACCCAGCCUUAAACGCGGCAAUGCCCCACGUAAAAAUCCAACUCAACCUCUUGUGGAACUCCCCGAUUGUGCAAAUUCUCUUAGGCAACCUCCUACAACAACUCGUCUUAAAUGUGGACUCGCCACAGCCGAGCUCAAGUCCACAAAAUACCAAUUUCAGCGGGUCGAAUUUCUUCAAGAAGGUGUUGGAAUCGAGAGGGAACAAAACCAACACUCAGAAGAAUUAUCGCGCGUUGGGGAGUCCCGAAGUUCACAGAGUUGUACUAGUGUGUUCGUUGUAUCACACAGCUUUGAAUACUUUGACUCAAUUACAGUUAGAUAUUUUAACAGGAUUGUGUUAUCAGAAUUCGAUUUUGUACGAUUUGUGGCUGUUUUUGUGUUCAUUGGGACCAAAUUGUGGGCUUAAAACCUUCCUUGAUCAUCUUGCAAUUAACACAAAGUGUACAGCCCCCGAGUUUCAAAUGUUGCAACUGUUUUGCGAUUGCAUGACGCAUUAUGUAACGAUCCUAGACGAUGUGGAAAUGUACGAACAACAAAACCCUUUUAAAUUAACCGACUUUAUUGUUUUAUCUUCAUUUUUAAACACGUUUUUGUAUAAAGCCAUCUUAGGAAAUUUAUUUGAUUUAAAGACAAUUCAGUCGAACCCUCUGUUCCAAUCUCUUCACACCUUAUUAAUGUUGCUGUAUCGGCGCGAUUGUCGAAGAACGUACACUCCUCAAGGCCAUUGGUUGCUUAAAGACGUCAAGAUAUCGUCGUUUAUGGCUGACCUUGAGAAAGGGCGUAAAGCCCCCCAAUUGCUCCUCCAAACAAUGCCACAUAUCAUCCCACAUGAGGAUAGAGUGCGACUGUUUCGAAAGUAUAUAACGAACGAGAAAACCGUUUUGGGUUUAACCGAAUCGGCUUGUGCCUCUCCCCAGUCGACUCUGAUCACAGUUCAUAGGUCUCGAAUUGUGGAAGACGGCUAUCGCCAAUUGGCCCUUCUCCCGCCUCAAGCCCUCAAGGGUGUGAUUAGGGUUCGGUUUAUCAACGAGCAAGGUUUGGACGAGGCCGGGAUUGACCAAGACGGCGUUUUCAAAGAGUUUCUCGAGGAGAGUAUCAAACGUAUUUUUGACCCUUCGUUGAAUCUGUUUAAAGUGACAAGUGAGGAGCGGUUGUACCCUUCACCCAGUUCCUAUCUGCAAGACAACCACCUUCAAUUGUUUGAGUUUGUGGGUCGGAUGUUGGGUAAAGCCGUCUACGAAGGAAUUGUAGUCGAUGUGCCUUUCGCGUCGUUUUUUCUAAGUCAAGUUUCAGGACAAACGGCUCAAGCUUUGUACAGUUGUGUCGACGAAUUGCCCUCUUUGGACCCCGAAUUGUAUCGAAGUUUGAGUUAUGUGAAACACUACGAUGGAGAUGUGUCGGAUUUGGACUUGACGUUUAGUUUAGACGAGGAGUGUAUGGGGAAGGUGGUCACUCAUGAGCUGGUGGCGGGGGGCAAAGCCGUCCCUGUGACGAAUGAGAACAAGAUCAAUUAUAUUCAUUUGAUGGCACAUUUUCGAAUGCAUGUGCAAAUUAAGGACCAAACUAGUGCUUUUAUUCGCGGAUUUCGCUCGAUUAUCAAUCCUGAUUGGUUGUCGUUGUUUUCCACACCUGAAUUGCAACGGCUAAUCUCGGGUGAUAAUGUUCCGUUAGAUAUGAAAGAUUUGAGGAAACACACUCAGUAUUAUGGGGGUUUUCACGACUCGCAUCGUGUGGUGGGGUGGUUGUGGGAUAUUCUUGAAAAAGAUUUUACAGAAGAGGAAAAAGGGAUGUUUCUCAAGUUUGUUACAAGUUGCUCCAAACCGCCACUACUCGGGUUUGCCCAUUUGGAACCCCCGUUUUCCAUUAGAUGUGUUGAAGUUGGAGACGAUGAAGACACGGGAGACACAAUUGGAAGUGUCUUUCGGGGAUUUUUCACGAUACGGAAAAAGGACCCACAAAAUCGCUUACCUACGUCUUCUACCUGUUUUAAUCUUCUGAAACUACCCAACUACCAGAAGAAGAGCACAUUAAGAGAAAAAUUACGGUAUGCUGUCACUUGUAAUACUGGAUUUGAGUUGUCGUAAUUUUAUGGAAACGAAAUUUUUAACAUAUGUAAAACUCAUAUCAACUUUUUGUAUUUUAAUAUACCGAGUGAAUUCUACAAUGAAGAACUCAACUGUACUUUAUCCUUUCAAGCCAAAUAUUUUAUCAGAUUUAAUUUAUUUUAAUCAGAAUUUGUUGACUAAUAGCCACUUUCAUGUUGUGAUAGUCUUUGUUGUGUUAUAAUUAUGUAAUAAACAUAUAUUUU